GUCGACGACGACGAGAAAUUAUCUGGUGGUGCAGAACUUCGUCCCAAGUCGCAUACCUUUCGCCUGUGGUUGUCCCAUGGCGUACUUAUUUGCACAUCGAUUCUGUCUCUCACGCUAUGGAUGCGUACGCCUUCGACUCAGCUGAUCAACGACAUUCCUAGUAUAUACUCUCCAGCAAAUGUUGCUGUCGAGCCCGUGACUCUAAGGUUGAAGGCAUCCCUUAAUGUUUCUUCUAUCUAUCGUGGCACCCCUUCCCCAGAAAUCGAUGCCGCUUGGGAUAGGAUAUCUCGUAAUAUAACUCGAAUGACCCGUGAAGAGAUGCUCAAAGCAGGCACAACCGAGACGGAAUUGCGUUCGAAAGUCAGGUAUCCGGACGAGAUUGGUGGAGGGUACAUGACCUCUAUAGAUGGCCUCCAUCAAGCGCAUUGUGUGAACAUACUUCGCAAAUCUACCUGGUCGGAAUAUUAUCAUUCCAUUGGAGAUAGCACAUUCAAAAGCGCCCCAGCAACCCUCCGUAUGCAUCUUGAUCACUGCAUCGAAAUGUUAAGGCAGAGCAUCAUGUGCAAUUCUGAUGUGGGGAUAAUUACAUGGUACUGGGUGGAGGGAUACAGUGUCCCUUCCCCUAACUUCAACACCCUUCAUCGAUGCAGGAACUUCGAGAAAAUCGUGGAUUGGUCUGCCGAACACGCUAUUCAUAUCGAUGAAUCCGAUGUUCCUCGCUUCCCAGAUACGGUUGACCUCCCCAGACCUCAGUCGCUCGAGCAUUUGUUUUGAUGCACGAGGAAUGCCAUACUGCUUGCGUGCUUGCUCAUUGUACUUGUUCAAGAAUACCAUGGGAGGAUAGCAAAUAUUGGUACCUUAAAAGAACUAUCACAUUAUGAGUUUAUGACACGAGUAGGAUGUAGAUUGAAUCCGGAACGUCAGAUAGGUUUGCAUAUCUCAGAGGACAAGAAUGAUGCAAUGGAAGUGCUUCCCAGAGUCCCAGA